AUGCUCUGCACUCCUCAAAAGGAAAAUUUUCAAUUUCAGUUCAGCAGGAACCCUCUGACAAGACCAAUACGGUACGAUAACAAACAAAGCAGAAAACUCGGGGGAACGACUUCGAUUCUCUCUACUUCUGCCAAGUACAACUGAACCUAUUUUCUGUCCUAAAAGAAGACGCUGCUGUUGGCCCACCUCAGGUCAACAUUGAAGAACAAGUAAACGGGAACUCGAACUACAGAUCAAAAACCUCCGUAGCGCAAAAAUAAUGGCCACCCAGUCGCAAAACCUCAAAGCGGGUUUUAUGGAUGUGUCAGAGUUGAAAUCGACAAAGUUGAAAUAAUUUGUCAUGCAUAAAAUGGAUGCCAGUUGGAACCCAGUUUUCAAGUGGCGCAUGACAAAUUUCGGUGGUCCCUAAAUCCAGUUUGUCAUGCUGCUUAGGCAAAGAAGAGCGAUUUUCUCAUGCUACUUUAGCAGCUCGAGCUGUAACCCCAAACAGGCUUACAAUCGGCCUCACUUGCCUGCUCUGCAACACACGCGCCUCGGGUCAUGCAUCUUAUGCAUUGCAAAUUAUUUCAACUUUGACGAUUUCAAACCUGACGCUUCCAUAGGUUUUAACCGCCGCCGGUCUUCCUGUAGCGAAGACAACUGGGCACGGUUUCGUGUCCUCUACUCGCAUAUCAACUGCAAAAAUGUCUGGGUCUGGAAGAANUAACCGCCGCCGGUCUUCCUGUAGCGAAGACAACUGGGCACGGUUUCGUGUCCUCUACUCGCAUAUCAACUGCAAAAAUGUCUGGGUCUGGAAGAAUGCAUGUUUGUCAUGCUUGUCUGGCAUGACUCUUAAAUCUGUCAUGCACGUUACCCAAGAGCUCCAUUUUUCUGUGAUGCAGAAACGCAGUUUGUCAUGCAGAAUAGGCAACACCUAGAAGCUCAGAAACUUGUCAUGCUGAGCCAGCACUUGUGGCCUCAUCAUGAGACGCCCCCCAGCAUCACAAGUUUCCAGACCCAGACACUUUUACAUUUGAUAUCGCAAGAGCAGCUGGACAGGCUGUCGUUUGUUUUCGGUGAGUUGGAAGCUGAGGAUAAGCUGGAAAACUUCAUCAAAGUGGACUCCCGGUAUGAUAGGACGUUGGCAUGAGAGGAUUCAUCUUUUCACUCCACACAUUUUAUUGCUGCAGCGCUGGUUUCUGUUUUCAUGCAAAAUUUCAUUUGCAUGCGUUCACAAAAGGAUUACAUUGUUGGAGCGCAUGACACCAGAAAUGGUCCAGCAGAACCAGAUGCUGUACUAAACGUCGCAUGUUGAAAAAAAAUAUCAGGUUGCAAAUGAUUGGUGAGCGGUUUUUUGGCCAGGAUCUGGUCCGCGACAUGACCCGUGAAAUGGUGGACGCCGUGCACAAAAAGACCGCGCAACAAAUGGGGCUGAAGGUACAUAGCAGUUUCGUGUAUCACAGAGAUGAUUUUUUCAUCGCAUGCAUGCUGCAAGAGGACCCACCAGUAUGCUGAAUUCAAACAGGCUGCAUAACUGAAUGAUCAUAUGAUCUCGUCGACUUGCUCUCAGCAUGACAAACUCUACUUCUUUCAGAUGGACGGCAGCGAGGAGCAGAUCUCCUUUGAAAAUUUCCUCUCCUUCGUCCACCUUUUUACGAAGAACAUGCAAGACGCGCACCCCUGGAGGGGCUACGCGAACACCUUCGCACUGAAAGUGCAGGGCGCCAUGAAGGAGCGGGGCGCGCAGCCGGUUUCCAGCAUCUCGGAACUGUCCGAGAAGAAUCCGGAGGCAAACGAAGACUCGGAUGACGAUGCGGAUUUCGAUAAAGUCGCGGAACUUUCCAAGUCCCGGGCCAUGCAGCGGGCCGCGAGGAAAGACGGUAGCGAGAUUGCGGUCAAGACCAGUGCGUUGUUCAAGGUAUGUGAUUUUUUUUCCUUUUUACGACAAGUUUUGAUCCAAUUUUGCAAUGAAUUUUCGCGUGGAACAUGCUGCUAUUAAGCCCAUCACAACUUCUGGCAAAUUGAAAUUCCACAACAAGAAUGCAUUGGUCACACGUACACCAGGUUCUGAAAGACCUCGGCGUUGACACCAACGAGAACCAGAAGUGGCUGCUCCGGGAGAUGCAGAAAAUUGACGCUGACGAAACGGGCUGGUUCACGGCGGAUCAGAUGCUCUCGCUCUUCCGCGAAAUGGAUGCGUACUGGGAAUCCACGGAGCGCCGCCAGCAGGUCGCCAUUAUCGACGAGACGGGCUAUCUGGAGCGGGAUGUGGACAACCUGAAGGCAAUUUUCAACGAGUACGCCAAGGUUGAGGGGGAAAGCAAACCCCAGCUGGGCGUCGGUACUGAGGGUUCUUGAGGUUUUGCAUGCUGUCGUGAUGUGUGGUAUGCAUGACACAGACGGAUUCCGAAUGACAAUGUUGUAAUGGAGAAAUGAAAUACAAAACAACUAUGUCAUCUAUCACAGCCGAGUUCCGUGAGUUUUUCCGCGCUUUGCAGAUGACGCUGCAGAAGAAGGAAACGGCCCGGCUGAAGGACAUGAUGCACCAGUGCGCCCGCGAGGGGAACGACACCGACCGGAUCGACUUUCCGGCCUUCUGUCUGUGCAUGAAGAAGUUGGAAGCGGAGGAUUUUUGUGGGUUGAAAAGCAUCAUGGGCCGGAAGGACGAGGUGGAGACGGAUUUGUCGAUCGCGACGCGGCAACUGUCCUACUUUGAGCGGAAGGCGCAGACCACCCGCGCAAGGGGGUCCCCCGCGAAGUAAGUCGUAGGAACUCUAUGGUAUUAUUGCUUGGGGACGUGAUGUUGAUGACGGUACAACUUGUGUUCGAGUUUACGUAUGCUUCUGAUGUAUGUAGUCCUACAAUCCAGUUUGAGGUUCAUGCGUCAUUCACAUGAAAAAAGUUUUAAGUUUCGGUUUGUACUUCUUGUAGAUACGUCGUGGUCUAUUUUGAAAACGAUUGCAUAGUGAUGGAUCAGACAUAGGCAAAUGUAAAGGAAUCAGUUGUCCGAAAGAAAAUUGGCAUGAAGAAAUCGCGAUUGAAAAUAUUUUUUUAGUUGAUUUUGCUUGUAAAAUAUGUAGGAUAAGAAUGUGAUUCGCACAGUCAAAAAUGUUGCGAGACACGUUACUAGAUAGAAUUGUAUACUCUAGGAUGAAAUCUAGUGAAGGUCAUCGAUGUCGAUCGUUGGUGAAUUGCCAAAUUUAAAUUUUGACUACAAGAUAGAAUGAAAUUCUUGCAAAAAGAAACAUAGAAGAUUCCAUUGGUCCAUGUAAAAAACAAGGGAACAUCAACGCGCAAUAGUAAAUCAAUUUCGAUGCUGGUACAAUCUCCGAAAUUGUUACCUUGAGAACUUGUUGAUAAUGAGCGUGUUACAACAAUCGUCCCACAUUUAGGUCAUUGUGCCUUCCGUCGUUCGUGGUUUUUAUGGUCAGGUUUCUUCGUUCAAGGAAUUUACGUCGUGGACUAAGUAAUCGUGAUUUGUUUCAUAUUCUGAUCGUGUUAUUUUUCGUCCAUAUCAUGAUCGUGCGUUCAACUUCAAUGUGAUGUCGUAUCAAAAA